GGAAGAAAGUGUAUAAAGUUGACACAAACCAACGCUUCAAUUUAGUUUCGAAGUUUAAUUGAAAAUCGAAAGACGUUGAAAGUGAAUCAAAGUAGUAAAAUGCUGCUGAACAGCCGCAAUAUUUUGCUUUUCUCCAUUUGUGCGUUACUGCUCUGCCAUUAUGCGUUGUGUUCGGUUAAACGUUUUAAGCGCAGCAUUUAUGGAUUAGACUCUAAUGGACCCUAUCUACCUGCGCCCUUUGGACCAGUACCAUUUGCACCUUUCGGUUUGGGUUCACCGUUCGCGCAACCACCCUUCGCCUUGCCUUAUGGUCCUUAUGCUCCGCCGCCAUAUGCUGCGCCGCACGCCUAUCCCUUCCUACCCGGCUAUCCUUCCUAUCCCUAUCACAAUCCAAUUUUUGCACCACCACCACCGCCGCUGUCAGCGCCAUUUCAUCCACCUAUUGUAGCGCCUGCGGCACCGGUGGGUCCACCGCCAGCACCGAUUAUUGUGCCAGCCAAGACAGCUGCCGCAUUGAGUAUUGCUUCGAUUAUUCACGCGUUUAUUGCGCGAAAAUUCUAUCCGCCCGUAUUGCCGGUACCCAUUGCUAGGCCAGUGCCAUAUCCGGUGCCUGAGCGGUCUCCAAUAUCUCCAACCUUUUCACGAUAUGCUCCAGUAACCAUGCUGAAACCGAUACAGGCUGAUGCUCAAAAUGUUAGAAAUCGUACAGAAAGCUCCUGUGUACGAAAUAUUCCUCAAAUAACGUUUGAAAAUCAAAUUUUCCGAGAGGCAAUGACGUCAACUGAAGCUCCUUGGCAACCCACAGUCAUUCCCAUAAAUGAAUAG